AUGGGGGCUGGAGCGAGCGCCGAGGAUAAACACUCCAGGGAGCUGGAGAAGAAGCUGAAGGAGGAUGCCGACAUGGAUGCGAGAACUGUCAAGCUGCUACUGCUAGGUGCUGGAGAAUCAGGCAAAAGCACUAUCGUCAAACAGAUGAAAAUUAUCCACAAAGACGGCUACUCACUUGAAGAAUGCAUGGAGUUCAUUGUCAUCAUCUACAGCAACACCCUGCAGUCUAUGAUGGCCAUUGUGAAGGCCAUGGGCACAUUCAAUAUUAGCUAUGGCCACUCUGAUCAGCAGGAUGAUGCCAGGAAACUCAUGCAUCUUGCAGACACCAUUGAGGAAGGCUCCAUGCCCAAAGAGUUAGCGGACAUUAUUAUUCGCCUAUGGAACGACUCUGGCAUACAAGUGUGCUUCGAACGAGCCUCAGAGUAUCAGCUUAACGACUCCGCUGGAUACUACCUGAAUGACUUGGAGCGCCUGGUCCAACCAGGCUACGUGCCCACUGAGCAGGAUGUGCUGCGAUCAAGAGUGAAGACCACUGGUAUCAUCGAGACCACGUUUUCCUUCAAAGAUCUGCAUUUCAGAAUGUUUGAUGUGGGGGGCCAGAGGUCAGAGAGGAAGAAAUGGAUCCACUGUUUUGAGGGUGUGACCUGUAUCAUCUUCAUUGGUGCUUUAAGCGCCUUUGAUAUGGUCCUGGUGGAGGAUGAUGAAGUGAAUCGAAUGCACGAGAGUCUGCAUUUGUUCAACAGUAUCUGCAACCACCGCUAUUUUAUCGCAACCUCCAUUGUACUCUUCCUCAACAAGAAAGACGUGUUCGUUGAGAAGAUCAAGAAAGCUCAUCUCAGCAUGUGCUUCCCUGAAUACGAUGGCCCCAAUACUUAUGAGGAUGCUGGUUUAUACAUCAAAAUGCAGUUUUUGGACCUGAACCUGCGGAAAGACAUAAAAGAAAUCUACUCUCACAUGACCUGUGCCACAGACACAGAGAACGUCAAGUUUGUGUUUGACGCCGUGACCGACAUCAUCAUCAAAGAAAACCUGAAAGAUUGUGGUCUCUUCUAAAAGCCAGGCUGAGAAACACAAUGAAGGGUGAUGCAGCCCUGUCACAUUCCACAAAUCCCCUAUGCAUUCAAACUGAAGACUGAAAAUGAAAACUGUUCUCUAUAUCCAUCAAACACACAAACAAAUCAAUUCACUGUGUUCAAAACUAAGUUGUAGCUUUGACCAACGACUGAGACGAGAAGACAGCUCUUCAGUCAGAAAAUCAUGUGCAGAUUUCAGAUGAGUUACAUUUUUCUUUCUGUAUUUUGACUUUUCUCCUGAAUCUCUUGAGAUUGUCUAUUCAAUAUUUUGUUAAGAAAUCAAAAGCGUAUUGUUCUGCAUAAAAUGAAGGAUGUAAACAAAAAAAUGCUGUCAGUCCAAUGCACCUGUGUUGCAAUACCUGGUCAGAAAACAGACAGAAAGCCCCUCCAGAUGCAGAUCUUUCCAAAACUAGUGGCUUUUAUGUACAGGAACUCUGCAGCACAAUCUGAGACACAGUUCAAACAGGUUAACAUUUUUAUUUUUUAAGUUAAGAGUUAGAUCAUAUGAUAUUGAAAUAGUUGGA